AUGGCACCCUUGAUUCAGCGUGGCUCGAGAGUACUUGACUCCGAUCAACAACGACUCCAACUUCCGCUCCACCGGCGAAAUCUCCCGGAGGAGUUCGUCAAGGCAGGCGACUAUUUGGUGUACAAGUUUCCCACAUGGACAUGGGGUACCUGUCCCAAGAACUUGCAACGCAAGUUUUUGCCUCCAGAAAAACAGUUUUUGGUCACCCGCCACGUGCCGUCGUACCAGCGUGUCGCUUCCUACGUGCCUGAGCCCCAGGAGGACGAGGAGGACCACGAUAGUGACGCCGAAUGGGUGCCUCGGGUCAACUCGGCUCCGGUGAACGCUAUGAAACAGCAACAGCAGCAGCAGGACUGCCAGAACGACCUUGACGAGUUGAUAGACGAAAACGUAGAAGACAGCGUUGGCGACGACGAUGCAGACGGAUACACCCACAUUGAGUCCAACGAGCUGACCCUCAGGAAGUACGACUUGUACAUCUCCUACUCCACGCUGUACCGCGUGCCCAAGUUGUACCUUGUUGGCUUCAACGCCAACGGCAUCCCGCUUUUGCCCAAGCAGAUGUACGAGGACAUUCUGGGCGACUACAAGGACAAGACCGCCACGAUAGAGAACUUGCCCAUGUCGAGCAACACCACAUCAGUGUCGAUUCACCCGUGCAAGCACGCGUCGGUCAUGAAGGUGUUCAUGAACCACGCCCGCAACAAGGCGCAGAAAGAGCUGCUAGAAGAGGACUUUGAGAAGUUGGAGCUCCAGAAUGCGCCCGAGAACGAGGACGACGAGCUCCGUGUGGAUUGGUACUUGGUGAUCUUCUUGAAGUUCAUCGCCGGCGUCACACCAGGCAUCGAGUACGAUUUCACUAUGGACGCCCUCUAG